AUGGCCGAAAUCCAACAAAUUAGAAACGAAUACGAGGAUCAAAUCACCGCCGAACCGGAAAGGGCAACGUCUACUCCCGUCCCCGACAUCGAUGUUGAGCUCCCCUCAGGUUGGGACGAGCUCAACAUCGACGAUUACGAUAGAAGUAGAGAGGAGAUUGAUCUUAGAACAGCAGCAGAGAGUCUGCAAAGAUCUAUAAACCGGGCGUCAGAAACCCUCAGCCAAUCCACAGGCACUAAUACCACCUUUAAAACCCCGGCAAAAACCUCCACAAAACGACCUAUAACAAGCCCUUUUGAAGAUAACCUAGAGAAGAAAAACCGAAUAGAAGACCCUAGAAAGACUACCCAGAGAUCUAUCUCACGAGAUAGAACUGUGGGUAGUCAAGACUCUAGGGUCAGUAGAUACGAUGCCGGUAAAGUUCAGAAAGACCGGCAGAGAUCAUCCUCACACAGUAGAAGUGUCAAGAACUAA